AUGUCGCAAGGAGAAUGGUUUGUCAAGUCCGGAGGACAGAAGAAGCAGGCACCAACGGGAGGCUUGAAGAUCUCCAUUCCGAAGUUUGACAAUUCCACUCUCAUUAGGGGGUACUCAAAGACGCUGAUUGGGAGAUGCAUGAACCCGGUCAAACAGGAGAUGAAGCCGUUGCUGUAUCAUCUUCCGCGCAUCUGGAAUGUGGAAGAGAGGGUGGUGGGCGCUGACUUGGGCCUUGGUCGGUUUCAAUUUGAUUUCCAGGAGGAGGAGGAUAUCGUUGAGAGCAUUGGGGAAGCUUUGGGAGUGGUUCGGGGAGAUGAUGCCAUUGAGAUCAAUGAAGGGAAGGUGCGUGUAACUUUGGAUGCUUUUAAACCAUUAGUGUUUUCCAUUACGGUGGAAUUUCACAGUGGGGAGGAGACAGUGGUCGCGCUGAGGUAUGAACGUCUCCACGGUUUCUGUAGGAUGUGCUCAAGAUUGACACAUGAUCAGUCCAAGUGCCCUAUCUCAAAUGGGGUGAAGGAAGAGAAAGGUGAUGGCCCAUCUGAUGAAAAGCCGGAUCAAGGAGGGAAAGCUUUGAGCUAUAAAGGGGCAGUGGAGUCUAAAGCAUUGGAGACUAACUCUAGUGGGGAUGUUAGGAGGAACAGCCAACAUGUCUCUGGAAAGCAAGAUGUCAAAGGGAAAGGCGUUGUGUAUGAGGGUGGUAAACAAGUUACCAGUGGUAAAUUUGGUCCAGGGAGGAGGAGUAAGGAGCAAGGGAGACCGACGGCGAAAUAUAUUAGGAAUGCGUGUUAUCUGCCACCUCAAGAACUAAGGGAUAGCUAUGCUAUGGCCACUGGUGGUCUUAAUGGCCUGCGCAAUCAGGAUUUUGGAGCUCAUCUGGACCCGCAACAGAAACUGAUGCUAGAGGCCUUCAAGAGUGGUGAAAGUGGAGAGGCUUCAGGGUCAAAGGCGUGCAAGGCCCUUUUGUUUGACAAUGAGAUUGGAGAGGAAGGUCCUCGGGAACUGUUAGGAGAUGAUCAGGCUGCAACUGAAGUUGCCGCCACUGUGGAAAAUAAGGAUCUGAAGGAAGAGAAUGGGAUGGUGCUUUCAACUGUGGAGAAUGGUGGGAAGCAGACAUUGGAGAUAGAGAGCAAGGAAGAUGAGGUGAUCGGGGAGAUGGUGGCGGGUCUAGAUGAGGAAGAUGGCCUCUUCGAGUUGGAAAUGAUGGAGGAUGGGGAGGAGGAGGCAGGGCUUGCUCAAGAUGUCUCAGCGGAGGUGAAAUCUAUGGAGAUUGAGGAGGCUUUCUCAACUGAUGAAAUGAUGGAGGUGGCAGGUGAGAAAGACAAUCAGGCUGCAAAGAAGAAGGCUGGAAAGCUCAUGGCUGCUGCGAUGGGAGGGAAUGCGAAGAAGAGGUUGGUUCAGAGCUUGGUCUCUCCAAGGAAGAAGGCUAUGGCAAAGCAAGGUCAUAAGGCGGGGGACAGGGGACCGCUGCCUACUAAGAAGGCUUUGGUCAAGGCGAAACCAGUCCAGGACUGA